AUGAGAAUCCACCACCUACUCGCCGUGGCCUUGCUACCACUAGCAUCCGCAACCACCUCAGCCUCAUCCUCAUCCUCAACCGCUACCUCAGAACAAGAACAACAUUUCACAAUAAACUAUGGCGGCAGCCACCAAACCCUCGACCUAAUGCGCUCCAUCGCCUCCGCCAAAAAAGCCAACGACCCCAUCGCAACAGACCUAGCCCAAAAACUCCGCGAUCUUCGCGCUCAGCCCGUGAAGAAAUUUCCCUACAACGUCGUCUGCGAAACAUCAACAGAUAUCAGCGCCGAGAUCUACCCGCUGGACCCGAGUAAUCUCCACCCGCAGAUCGCAUGGGCUGCGGCUGAGAUUGAGGCUCUGUUUACGGGUCAGCCGUAUCCGGGUGAUUAUAAUAUGCCUAAGCAUCCGGAUGGAUUUCGUGUUGUGCGGGCGGAUCUUGAUCAGUUACCCAGGGGUGGAUUGAGGGCCAUCCUGGGCAGAAGUCGUUUUGCGUGGUUGAUGGGGUGGUGUUUUUUUGCGCCAGGGGUUAUUUUGGAGAUGUUGGGGUUGUUUGCUGGGGAGGGGGAGAGGGAGUGUAAAGACCCUGAGGUGUAUUUGAGCCAUAAAGGUGAGGAUAUCAUCUUCACUGCUCAUCUGUUGGGAAGUGCGGAGAUUGGAACCAAUUUGUUUUUCAAGGCCGUUGCACGGAAACAGGUCAAGGAGGAUGUACAGGGUGAGGAGAACCCUAAUAAUGGAUGGAUUGGCGUGGAUUAUCACCAACACCCGGAUGGGACACGGGAUAGCAGUGGUUAUCAGUUAGGACCUAACGGGCGUGACGGAAAACCUACUAAGGACGAGCUUUGA